UACAACCUGUUUUGAGACCGCUCAUACUGCUAUGCUGAUCGCCCCCAGCAUCCACUUUACAGUAUCAAAACGAUAAAUACGGAGUGAUAACGUGUUGCAAAAUCAUUUGAAUAAUUUAGUAUUUAUACAAUUAUUAAUAAAUUGAAAUAACAUGACGUUAUUAAGAAAAUUGAACUGCGCUCUGGCACUCAACAUAAGGAGGUACAGUUCGGCAAUUAAAAAUAAGAAUUCACCAAAAAUUCUAAUAACUGGUGGACUUGGACAACUUGGUGUGGAGUGUGCGAAAUAUUUACGCGGAAAAUAUGGAAGAGAAAAUGUUAUACUGUCUGAUAUUAUUAAACCAACGACUGAAGUGUUCAAUGAUGGACCAUAUAUUUUCGCAGAUAUUCUAGAUUUUAAAGGUCUCCAGAAAAUUGUUGUCGAUCACAGAGUGGACUGGUUGAUACAUUUUUCCGCUCUACUUAGUGCUAUUGGCGAACAAAACGUACCAUUAGCUGUCAGAGUUAAUAUAGAAGGAAUGCACAAUGUUAUAGAGCUAGCAAAACAAUAUCGUCUCAGAAUUUUCGUGCCAAGUACGAUUGGAGCUUUCGGACCUGACUCACCGAGAAAUCCUACACCUAAUAUAACUGUGCAGAGACCACGAACAAUAUAUGGUGUUUCUAAAGUGCAUGCGGAAUUACUUGGUGAAUAUUAUUACUAUAAGUUUGGACUGGAUUUCCGUUGCCUGAGAUUCCCUGGAGUUAUUUCCAGUGAUCCUCCCGGUGGAGGUACUACAGACUAUGCCAUCGCGAUAUUCCAUGAUGUUCUUCGGAAGGGUCGCUACGAGUGUUACCUGAGGCCCGACACACGUCUACCAAUGAUGCAUGUCAAGGAUGCACUGAGAGCUCUCUCGAACUUUCUGGAAGCCCCCAACAAGAUGUUACAGAGACGAGUAUACAACGUUACCUCAAUGAGUUUCACCCCAGAGGAAUUGGCUGAUCAUAUGUUCAAAUACAUACCUGAUUUUAGCAUUUCGUAUAAACCUGACAGUCGGCAGGAUAUCGCCGACUCCUGGCCUCAGGUUUUCGACGACAGCGAAGCCAGACGAGACUGGAACUGGAAGCCGGAAGUAGACUUGGAUAAUUUAGUUAAAUUAAUGCUGAAAGAAGUUAAGGAAAAGAUAAAUGAUUACGACUAUUGAUACUAAUAAAUAUAUUAUACUAGUUGU